AUGCCAGAUUCUAUACAAAACCUCCAUUUCAUUCCCAGGGAUGUGCUGCUGCCUCUGUGGCGUGACACACCCGAGUUUCUCGACGGUGCAACAGUCCGCCCCUACGUCAAAACAACCAACGAGGAUCCGACAUCGGUAGUCAGUGAAGCGCCCGACAAGUGUCGUCUACGACGAAAGGUGAUCGCUGCCUCCAAGUUUGUGCUCGAGUCAACAUCGUACACCGACGCUUUUUACAUCAACGACAAGGCGACGACCUUAAAGCUUAAAAACGGGGUCGAGCAUAUCGUUACAAGUAGUGGCACCGGAACCAUUGAUUUCGCACAAACUCUUGCCCGAGAUGUGACUGUUGAAACAGCAAAAUACAAAAACGCUCCCCUGGGUCUGUUUCUCACGUGCUCGAUGCGUAUUCGCAAUGAUCCAACGCGAUACAUCGGGACCACGAAAAAGGGGGGUGCAUUUUUUUCUAAUAGCGACAAGUCGGCUGGCUACGUGCGCUACCAUGUGUACAUUGAAGUGAUCAACCUCAGUGAUGAAGUCAUGGUCAAUCUAGUCAACAACAAUCCGCACUUUCAGCUACAAUGUUGCCGUGGUACUAUACCGGACAGUUCGGCCUGUGCAAUACAGAACGUGACAUACGACAAGGUGGCGUGUAUGCCUCACAUGAGCAAGUACUGCACCGACACCGGCUUCGAGGGCUGCAAGCGGUGGGCGCGUGCGAACGCAACGGAAACGCGCAGGAUUGUAAAAGACUGGUGUGCCAAGCCGACAAACAAGUCGAAGAUGGUCUGUGCGUGCUAUGACCAGGUCAGAAUUGACAAGUUUCUGGCCGAUACGCGCAGGGAUUUUCCAAAUACAAAUCCUUCGGAAAACAUGUACAUGUGCCGCAGUGACGAGUGCGACAAGAGCGGACAGAGCAUCGUGGCACUCGCGGGCCGCAAGUGUGCUGAUACCAUUAUUCAAUCGUGUACGAUGAACAUUGACGACGGAGCGGAAAUUGGUAGAAACGUUGACCAGUUCGCUGUUUUGAGUCAUUAG